GUGCACGUCCUUGGUCACAUGUUUGUGUGUGAGCGUGUUGAGUUUCACUUCCGCACUCCGCUCCUGUGUGUAGCCUGUUAGCCUCCUGGGUAUUCACCUUACAGAGUUUGAGGUUAGGCGCGUUUGUUAUCCAGGACAGAAGAACGUGUAGCUAACAACGUUUAUAUGUACAACUUCUGACUGACUGCACGUUUAUUUUAUUUAAUCUGCGUAACAAAAUAGCAGCUACAUCACAGAUAAAGGCAACCAGGAAGCGACACUAGCGUGGGGAAGUUCACAUCAUCUACAGGCUACAUUUUAAAACAUCAUUCAGCUUGUAGGUUAAACUGUAAAUAACAGAGAAGCUUUUCCCACUCAUUUACAGAGGAAGCCAUGAAGGUGUUCAGUAGUCCAAGUGGAGGGCUCUUCCUGGUGUGGACCCUGAUGAUUCAUCUGGUCCUUUGUGGGGUGUACGCCAGUGAUGGCAUAGAAAACUGUAAAGUGCUCUCCAACUCUGUGUCAGAACAGAAAGUCCUCACUCGACUGGCACCACUCACCCAUAAGAACAUUACAGCAGAGUCCAAGUCCAAGAAUGGAGAUGAGAGUUACAAAUACGUGUUCCAGGUAUGUGGGGAUGCAGGGAACGUUCCAGGAGCCGGGGUUAUCCAAAUGGACAUGAAGGCAAAGGAAAAGAAAGUAACUGUGAUUGGCACGUAUUAUGCAACAAAGGCCUUUGGAGGAAGUGACUGGGUAAUGUUGAUCUACAAAAAUGGUGACAAAUAUGAUAGCCACUGCUCCAGCGAAAAGAGGACAGCCAUUAUCAUGAUCUCUUGCAACAGGAAGACGGACAUGGGUGAGCUGGAGGUGGUGCUAGAGGAGAGGGAGAGGACGAAUGACUGUUUCUACCUGUUUGAGCUGGAUUCCAGUGCGGUUUGCCCAGCUCUUGAGUCCAAGAUGGGCACUGGCUCCAUAUUACUCAUCAUUGGGGUCUGUCUUCUGGCUGUUUACCUCAUUGGAGGUUUCCUCUAUCAGCGGCUGAUUGUUGGAGCCAAAGGGAUGGAGCAAUUCCCCAAUUACGCCUUCUGGGUAGAGUUUGGCAAUCUGACAGCUGAUGGGUGUGACUUUGUCUGCCGGUCACGAAAUCGAGAGGACUCCCCAGCUUACAGGAGAGGGCCCACAGAACCUGUAGAGGAAGAGCCAGAAGAAAGAGAUGACCACUUACUGCCGAUGUGACCUCAAUGUGUGAGAAAUGGGACAGAAAUAUUUACUGUGUGACGCAGUUUACUCUUCCACAGGUUAGAUGAAAAUGCUCCUAGACACAAGUGGCUUUUGUUUUUUUCGGGGUGGGGGGUUAGGUCAAGAUUUGUUCGGACUUUGUUUCCAGAUUUGUGCCUAGAGGUACUACUGUAUGAUCUUAUAAGAUGGCAUGGUACUCAUAAGGCCUAGAGACUUGGUUCCUCUCUUACCCAUGCAUUUCAUGUUUGAUGUCAAACAAAUGAGUGACUUCCAUCUGAGAUUAGUGACAAUAACUUCUUCCAUGGAAAUCUGGCACAAAAGAGGAGGUAAAGCAGCUGAAUUUCUUCAUGACCUAAACUUACUAUAGUGACUUAUUGCUCUUUUUUUCUGCCUGGCUGUUGUUUGAAGUCUGUGCAGGUUGCAGCAGGCUGUUCUCCCUGGAGACCUGGUUACGCACUGAUAGAUGCAGGUUACAGAAUGCACGUGUUUGCUUGCAUGAUUCAGCUUUAAUCCGUUUUUGUUUUGAAAGUUAGAAAUAUGAUAUGGUUUCAUUUUAUGUACUGUGACUGAUUACAGCGUUGCUGCACAAAUAGGGAUUACUGCAAAAGAACCAUAGCUUGACCAAAUUAGAUUUUUAUUAUUUUUUUUUUUUUGUUGAACUGUUUUUCCCAUGUUCUAAGAGAAUGCUUGUACAUCCAUGCUAAUGUCUCCAUAGAAUGGUUGGUACUGUCAACUUCAAAAGUGGGUAUAGCAGUCGUGUCUAGCCAUGCUUUUAAAUUUUUAUUGGAAAGGUAAACGCCGGUAUUAAAUUCAUGUGUUAAUUAUAUAAAUUUUGCGUUUGAAGCAAAGCACCCUGAUAAACCUAGAAAUUGAAUAUUUUUUUACCACAAAUGUUUGCUUAUAAAUGCUACUAUGUGGUGAUGGGCAAUUUCUAUAUGAAUGCUGCUGAUCAUAACUUUUGAAUUUCCAAAUGUAUGGUAUACAGCUAUUGUAUGUACAGUAAUUGUAUUUUUCAUUGAAUAAAUUAACAUUAACUGUGAAAGACAAAUUUUCAUAAUCACAAAAUGAUUUCAUCAUGAAUAUUAUAAUAGGUAAAGUCUGAUGCGUCUACUUACAUGAUAAAACUGACCCAAACACCAGAUGCACUGCUGCAUACACCAGCUUUAGUCUGUAGACUCGUAUUUAGCCAGAUAUUCAGGCUGCUUCAUGCCCGAUAUACUGCUGCUUUAGUAUGAUUCAUAGAGUGGCAUCAAAAGCAUUUCAUUUUCUGUGUACCUCUUGUAUCAAUAUAAUAUAGCUGUAAAAUGUUAUAGUUAUGAAGAUAUAAGUAAUGAGGUUUGUAAUAUUUUUACAUAAAUCGAUUCUAAUAAUGCUGCUACAGAUUAAACAAGUUUUGUGAAGUUGAUGGAAAAAAUGAAGCAAUAGGUUUCAGUGAACUAAGUAUCUGUAUUACUGUCAGUGUGGGCACUUGCUUUUUUUGGCAUUUGUUUAUAUCACUUGCUUUUUGCUGUUGAUUAAUGUGGACAUUUAUUUGCUUGGAAAUUUCUACAUCUGUGGUUGUAGUGAACUGAAAAACCUUUAAAUUGAUAGAAUGAUCUGUUUGAUUUAAGGAUGAUUUCAAGUCACAAAUCUGUGUUUUUCUGAUUAUAUUAAAAAGAAGAUACCUGAAU